GGGCAGGAGAUAGCGAGCUGCCUCGGCGCCAUUUUGCAGAGCAGGGAAGAAACGGCUGCUGCAGCGGCGGAGCGGAGCCCCCGGCGCGAGCAGAGUCGCGAGCCCUCGGACGCGGCGCACCCGGAGCGAGACCAUGGGGUCGGACAAGCGCUCUGAUCAUUGUUACACAUCUGUCAUCUUAGAUUGUUUUAUUUCCACAUGUAGCUUAUACUGUGUUAGUAGAACUGAACGGAGUGGACGAUAUGGCUCUAUUGUCGAUAGAGAUGAUCGGGAUGAUCGGGACUCCAGAAGCAGACGAAGAGAUUACGACUAUAAGAGAUCUAAUGAGGAGCGCAGGAGCGAGAGAUAUGAUGACUACAGGGACUAUGACAGUCGGGACAGGGACUAUGACAGUCGGGACUAUGAAACCAGAGACUAUGACAGCCGGGAUUAUGACAGCCCUGAGAGGGAACGUGACAGUGAGCGUGAGCGAAGGAACAGUGAUAAAUCAGAAGAUGGAUACCAUUCUGAUGGAGACUAUGGAGAGCAUGACUACAGAAAUGACAUUAAUGAUGAGAAGGAAAGCAAGACCAUUAUGUUGCGUGGCCUUCCUAUCACUGUUACAGAAAAUGAUAUUCGAGAGCUCAUUGAGUCCUUUGAAGGUCCUCAGCCUGCAGAUGUGAGGCUGAUGAAGAGAAAGACAGGUGUAAGCCGUGGUUUCGCCUUCGUGGAGUUUUAUCACUUUCAAGAUGCUACCAGCUGGAUGGAAGCCAAUCAGAAAAAGCUAGUGAUUCAGGGGAAGCAGAUUGCAAUGCACUACAGCAACCCCAGGCCUAAAUUUGAAGAUUGGCUUUGUAACAAGUGCUGCCUUUACAACUUCAGGAGAAGACUAAAAUGCUUCCGCUGUGGAGCUGAUAAAUUUGACUCAGAACAGGAGGUACCUCCUGGAGCAACAGAGGCUGUUCAGUCUGUGGAUUACUACUGUGAUACCAUCAUUCUCCGAAACAUAGCUCCUCACACAGUAGUGGAGUCCAUCAUGACUGCACUAUCUCCAUAUGCUUCUCUGGCAGUUAAUAACAUUCGCCUUAUUAAAGACAAGCAGACCCAGCAAAACAGGGGCUUUGCAUUUGUCCAGCUGUCUUCUGCAAUGGAUGCAUCUCAACUGUUGCAGAUUUUACAAAGUCUUCAGCCACCGUUGAAAAUAGAUGGCAAAACAAUUGGUGUUGAUUUUGCAAAGAGUGCCAGAAAAGAUUUGCUUCUCCCAGAUGGUAACCGGGUGAGCGCCUUCUCUGUGGCAAGCACAGCCAUUGCUGCAGCUCAGUGGUCAUCCACCCAGCCUCAGACUGGAGAAGGAGGCACCAUUGACUAUAGCUACCUCCAACCAGGGCAGGAUGGCUACACCCAGUACGCUCAGUACUCGCAGGAUUAUCAGCAGUACUACCAGAACCAAGCAGGCGUAUUGGACACAGAUGGAACUACCAUAUCAGGUGCUCCAGUUACCACCACUACAGCUGCUGUGGUAUCCCAGAGUCCUCAGCUAUACAGUCAACAAAACAAUUCAUCUGACUCUCAGACACCAGCAGCUCAGCCAAGCACUAGCACACAGGCACAAUCGACUUCCCCAACUGGUGUGGUUCCUGGCACCAAAUAUGCUGUCCCUGACACCUCUACGUACCAAUAUGAUGAGUCUUCAGGUUAUUAUUAUGAUCCUAUAACAGGACUCUAUUAUGAUCCUAACUCUCAGUAUUACUACAAUGCCCUGACCCAACAAUAUCUUUACUGGGAUGGUGAGAAAGAGACAUAUGUGCCUGCUGCUGACAGUGUAACUUACCAGCAAACACUUAAUGCAACUACCACCAAAGAAGUGAAGGAGAAGAAAGAGAAACCUAAGAGCAAAACAGCUCAGCAGAUUGCUAAAGACAUGGAGCGUUGGGCAAAGAGUUUGAAUAAACAAAAAGAAAAUUUUAAGAAUAGCUUUCAGCCGCUCAGCUCCAGGGAGGAGGAGAGGAAGGAAUCUGCAGCUGCAGAUGCUGGCUUUGCCCUCUUUGAAAAAAAGGGUACCUUGUCUGAAAGACAGCAGAUCAUGGCAGAGGUGGUGAAGAAUGGAGAAGAGGAGAACCCUCUUAAACGUGGUUUAGUGGCUGCCUACAGUGGAGAUAGUGAUAACGAGGAGGACUUGUUGGAAAGAAUGGAAAAUGAGGAAGAGAAACUGACAGACUGGAAGAAGAUGGCUUGUCUGCUAUGUAGGAGGCAGUUUCCUAACAAAGAUGCUCUGAUCCGGCAUCAGCAGCUUUCAGACCUACAUAAGCAAAAUAUGGAUAUCUAUAGGAGAUCAAAACUGUCAGAGCAGGAACUUGAAGCCUUGGAGUUGCGUGAGAGAGAGAUGAAAUACAGAGACAGAGCUGCAGAACGGCGAGAGAAAUAUGGCAUCCCGGAGCCCCCAGAGCCAAAGCGCAAGAAAGUGUAUGAUGCUGGCACAGUGAAUUAUGAGCAGCCUACCAAAGAUGGCCUUGAUAAUAGUAAUAUUGGCAACAAAAUGCUCCAGGCCAUGGGCUGGAGGGAAGGUUCAGGAUUGGGAAGGAAAUGUCAGGGUAUCACAGCUCCCAUUGAGGCUCAAGUACGCAUGAGGGGAGCUGGCUUGGGAGCCAAGGGUAGUUCCUAUGGUGUUUCUACUGCAGACUCAUACAAGGAUGCAGUUCGGAAAGCUAUGUUUGCCCGCUUCACAGAGAUGGAAUGAUGGUCUUCACUGCCCACAAGGCAAAGAAGCCAGCAAAAUACUUGACUCCUCAUAUGGAACAGACUGUUAAACCCUGUAGCCUUGUGGCACCACUGCAUUCUGGCAAUGGCUUUUGGGUUAACUAUUUAAUUCCCUUGGACUUCCUUUCCUCUCAGCAUGGAACACUUCCAUGUGUGGAUCCUUUGAACUGCCACAACUUCAUGCUGGAGAGCUCCUGGCUAGACCAAAGGGGAUGCUAAUCUUUAUACAUUUUUGUAUAUAAUGUAAUGUAUUUUAUGUUUGGAACUCGUAGUCUAAAUGUCACUCCUGUCCUUUUGGAGCAGGUCAGGGAUGUGUUAACUGGGUUUGACACUGCUCUCUCUGCUCUACUUCAUUGUACUGUCUGUAUGUCUUUUUGGAAAGUGUUCCUGUACAUUUUGUAUGAUACACCUUUGUAUAGACUUUUUGAAAACUUUGACUCUAGUUCCCAGUUUUGGCUUAUUUCCAAAAGUAAUACACCUAAAAACGA